AUUUAGAUUAUCUGGAAGGACAGGAAUGCCUUGGUUUUUAGGAAUCAUCGAUCUAGGCCACCAGACCUAUGCGCUAUGAUUCUUCAGCAAGCACAUUAUACCCGGCUUGGUAUGACCUCUUACUCAGCUACACGGUCUUCUCAGCCUUGGUGGGUGCGUUGGAAACGGCCGGAUGAAGGUUGGGUCAAACUGAAUACAGAUGGGUCUUUCAAUAGAGAUGGUAAUUCUGCUAGUGCAGGGGGAUUGAUACGAGACAGCUUGGGUGACUGGAUUUCUGGUUUCACAGUUAAUGUGGGUAGCGCAUCCAUAUUUAUAGCUGAGUUGUGGGGACUUCGGGAAGGACUCCGGCUUUGCAAGGCUCUCGGGCUGUCUCGAGUGGUGGCGGAAUUGGAUUACCUUAUGGCUGUUCGCUUUAUUAAUAAUAAUAGAGAUCCGGAUAAUUUAUCUGCUGCAUUCAUAUUGGACAUUAGGCUUUUGAUGCGGGAUUUUCAAGCUCGUGUGCUGCAGCAUACUCUAAGAGAAGGGAAUGCGGUUGCUGACUUUCUAGCUUCAAUGGGGCAUUCUUCACAACUAGGCUUGCGUGUUAUAGACUCACCACCAGAUGGUUUGAGAUAUAUCCUUGUUGGGGAUCAGCUGGGGGCUAGUUUCCUCCGUCAUUAGUUCUCCCUUAGUUUUGUUUUCUUAGUUAAAUCACUGAUGUACCAAAGAAAAAAAAAAAAAAACCUAACUUGUG